GGGGGGAAAAAGUCGUUAGUGGCAGAGGGGGCAAAGCACCGUUAUCAAUAACCAAGAGGAACGCCGGUUCCGCCCAACCGUCUCAAUCCCAUCGUGCGAGGAUUCGUGGAGGACAGGCGAAGAAUAUUCGGUGCAAGUUGGAGAUUUUGGCCGAGAGCCCGGCGUUCAUUGAUUAUGCGAUUGUUGUUCCGGGCCAUCCUCUGUCUCACCCUCGUUACCGCGGCCCAACUUGUGACCAGACCCACCAGAUCUUUGUCGUUUCGGAAGGGCAGCUCCUUUUUUUACAGGGUGAACUUCAAGAUCUCGAUGUUCCCCUACACGACCAUCUUCUCCCACGCGGCUGGUUUCAAGCUGGUGUGGCUGCUUCCAACCGGGUCCGAGAUUACCAGGUUCGUCAGGUCCGUCAAUGACGUUCACCAGGCCGCGGAGAUCGUAUACGAGAGCCACGGAUUCGACGGAAGAUCGUGCUUGUUGAAGAAUAUCUGUCAAGCGAUGGAGUACGUGAGCCGGAGGGACGGGGUGAUCGCCAAGAUAUUGAAAUUGUUGGCCGGAUCGUACGCGGGCAACGGCACCACGGGGAGCCCUGUUUACUGCGACGUUCACGUUGGACGCUGCCCCCUCGACUUGAUCGGCGUCGACUAUUUCAAUGAAUCGAGUUGA